CUUUCUAAUUUAUUGAUGCUAACCGCUAAGGAAAGGACAAACAGAGAAGCUAUGAGCAGAAGCAGAGCUAUGGGAAGAGAAGAGGAAGAAGAAGUGGGAGAUGAGGUUCAGAGCUCCGGGAAAAGGCUUAAAUGUGCUGCUCCGGAAGAUGACCACAGCGAUAUUCCUUUGAUGCCUGGAUCGUUUUUUCAUCCCAUGACACCUACGGCGUUCGUGGUCUCCGAUGCGCUUGAACCUGAUUUUCCAAUCAUUUAUGUCAACAGUGUUUUCGAAAUAUUCACUGGAUACCGUGCCGACGAAGUCAUCGGCCGGAACUGUCGGUUUUUACAGUACAGAGACCCACGAGCGCAAAGGCGGCAUCCUUUGGUGGAUCCUGUGAUUGUUUCUGAAAUCCGAAGAUGUCUCGAGGAAGGGGUUGAAUUCCAUGGUGAGCUCCUAAAUUUCAGGAAGGAUGGUACUCCUUUGGUGAACAGGCUACAACUCAGGCCAAUAUAUGGGGAUGAUGGCAUUGUAACUCAUGUCAUGGGUAUUCAAGCAUUCUCUGAAGCAAAAAUUGACCUGAACCGUGUAUCGUACCCAGUUUUCAAACAGACAUCCUAUCAGCAGUGUGAUCUGUCAGGUGAAAAUCUCCCCACAAACGGCCAAGCAGCAAAUUCCCAAACCUCUGAUGUGUGUGGGAUUCUUCAGCUAUCUGAUGAAGUCUUAGCACAUAACAUUCUAUCACGCUUGACACCAAGAGAUGUUGCAUCCAUUGGGUCUGUUUGCAGAAGGAUUCGUCAACUAACAAAGAAUGAGCAUGUGCGGAAGAUGGUCUGUCAAAAUGCAUGGGGAAGUGAAGUCAUGGGUACGCUGGAAUUAAUGACCAAGAGAUUGGGGUGGGGGCGUCUCGCCAGGGAGCUGACCACACUGGAGGCAGUUUGUUGGAAGAAGCUAACUGUUGGGGGUGCAGUUGAGCCUUCACGUUGCAAUUUUAGUGCAUGUGCGGUUGGUAAUCGGCUUGUUCUUUUUGGAGGAGAAGGGGUGAACAUGCAGCCAAUGGAUGACACAUUUAUUCUCAAUCUUGAUGCAGCAAAUCCAGAAUGGCGACGGAUGUCUGUGACAUCCUCUCCACCAGGCCGCUGGGGCCAUACUCUCUCAUGUGUGAAUGGUUCCUGGUUGGUGGUUUUUGGGGGAUGUGGGAGGCAGGGGUUACUCAAUGAUAUGUUUGUGCUAGACUUGGAUGCACAACAGCCAACAUGGACAGAAGUUUCUGGUGGAACUCCUCCCCUUCGCAGAUCCUGGCACAGCUCUUGCACCGUGGAAGGUUCAAAAUUGGUGGUCUCAGGUGGAUGCACAGAUGCUGGGGUACUUCUCAGUGAUACAUAUCUGUUGGAUCUAACAACAGACAAGCCCGUAUGGAAGGAGAUUCCUACAUUUUGGGCUCCCCCCUCUAGAUUGGGACACUCACUCUCUGUCUAUGGAAGGACUAAGAUUCUUAUGUUUGGUGGACUUGCCAAGAGUGGAAACAUACGUUUGAGAUCGGGCGAGGCUUACACAAUUGAUUUGGAGGAUGAUGAACCACAGUGGAGGCAACUGGUUUGUGGUGGUGUGGGCAGCCAGAAUGCAGUGGUUCCUCCACCCAGACUAGACCAUGUUGCUGUCAGCAUGCCUUGUGGAAGAAUUAUCAUAUUUGGUGGCUCAAUUGCUGGUCUCCACUCUCCUUCACAGCUCUUCCUUCUGGAUCCUUCUGAGGAGAAGCCAUCAUGGAGGAUUCUUAAUGUUCCUGGGCAACCACCCAAAUUUGCUUGGGGUCACAGCACCUGUGUGGUUGGAGGGACUAGAGUUCUGGUCUUGGGUGGGCAAACUGGCGAGGAGUGGAUACUGAAUGAACUGCAUGAGCUAUGCUUGGCAAGCAUACCAGAUUCAGAUACAUGAGUCACUGAAGGCUACAUCACAAGUUGCAUAUACCUCCUGUCAAAGUAUUUUCAUGACCAAGCAGAAGCUGAUUUUGGCGAAUCACAUAAGGUUCCACUUCCAAUGUCUCUUCACUUGCAAUUCUGCUUUCUAGAAUGCGUCUUUCUGGUAGUCUCAGUAUUUUUCCUGGGUUUGGAGCUGCUGGGCUGUAUGUAUGAUGACCCAGUUAUCUUUCUGGUAUUCUCAAUACUGUUCCUAGGUUUGGAGCUGCGCUGUAUGCAGGAUGACCAGUUUUCUUUCUUGUAGUCUCAAUAUUUUUCCUAGGUUUGGAGCUGUGCUGUAUGCAUCAUACAUGAUGACCCAGUUUUCUUUACUGCCCUUGUAUUUGACUGCUCUACAGCAUGAAUAUGGCCUUUGGAUGUGGAUAUAUUCCUUGUUGAUUCCUAAUGCUGAUCAGGUUGUCCUCGGUUGAUGUUUCUAAGUCAAUUUCUACUGAAGAUUGGAGAACCACAAAAUAUGAUAUUUACUUGGGCAUAAGAAGCAAGCUCCUGGUUAUCGAUCCAUAUUUAUCUUCGCAGUCUAAAAGGAUAUACUAUCUUGUCAUGCUUCUUUUACCUUCUUGUAAGUUGGCUGUUCUACACUAGUUUCCCGAGGAAGAAGAUCUGUUUGUCACUCAAAUGUGCUCUUUAACUUCUCUGAGUACUUACAUUGAGCUUUGUUGUCUGAUGAAAUGAAAACAAAAAUGAAGAUAAGGUGUCUCUGUAUCUCACCAGAGGUUUUGCCUGCACCAUGGUUUUCUA